AUGAGUGAGCAGCAACUCGAUUGCGCAUUGGAUUUGAUGCGCCGCCUACCUCCACAGCAGUGCGAGCGAAAUCUCAUAGAUCUCAUCGACCUCGUUCCAGGACUCUGCGAAGACCUCUUGGGUACUGUUGAUCAACCGCUGAAAGUGGCGAAAGACAAGGAAACUGGCAAGGAAUACCUCCUUUGUGAUUACAGCAGAGAUGGAGAUAGCUACAGAUCUCCGUGGACGAACACAUAUGAUCCUCCGGCAGAGGAUGCCCAGCUGCCUUCGGAAAAGUUGAGAAAAUGGGAAAUCGAAAGCCAUAUGCCAAGCUUCGAAAGGAUAAGAGAUAUGUAUUUCGAGGGAGGCAUAUCAUCGGUGUAUUUCUGGGAUCUCGACCAUGGAUUUGCCGGAGUUGUUCUUAUCAAAAAGAUUUUAUUUGUGCCUUGCGACUGUUUGAUUGUUCGCCUAUUGAGGAGAAGGAAGCAUUUACAUGUUUUUUGCCCUCACCUUGUAGCGUUUUUCCUGGAGACCAGGGGCCGU